AUGGCUGAUGUCGUUGAUGUUAACCCAAUACGCAAGACAAGAUGUCGCCUUGGGGCGUCCACUAGGCGAACAGCCAGCGCAAACCUGUCAACCACCAGCAGGACGUUCAGCAUUUAUGUCAAGAGCAGCGAUAAUCCGGAACUCGAGGGUACUCACAAGCGCUCGUUGAAGGGUCCAAAAGGCAGUUCAAACGCAACUGACGUAGUCAGCUCUGCCUCGCGGGGCGUAAACCAGCCCACAGUGCUGUGCUCGUUGAUCGACCUGAAGUCUUGGGUUUUGAAGGCGUUUGCAGUGUCUGCACCGCAAUGGGGUGAAAUCCAGUCCAAAACUGGAAUGUUGAACGAAAAACUCCAUCAUCUUGAGGCGUUCCAAGCGGCCUUGUUGUGGGGAAUGGAUAGCCCAGAAUGUGGUUCAAGGCAGAGGAAGGGGUCAGGCACAAAUUGUGAUGGCGCGUCAAUUGACCGGACAUACGGGGGAAAUGCGGAGGAGAUACGCAAAGGCGUUCAAGUUCAAAUCACCGCCUUCAGAACUCGCAUUAUUGGGAGUUUGAGCGCUCGAUUGGCCGCUGAAUUUGGUCGAGAAAAAAGAAGAGAAGGCUCGACUUAA